CGGUCCAACCCUCCUCAUCCGUCAUUACCGUCCUCGCACUUUGAUCCUGGUGCCUUCAAGCAGGAAGUCAAAGAAAUUUUCUCUGUAAGCUGUGAGAGGAACAGGUGCUAUUUGCUGUGAGCGGUCUUGGUAGAAGGGAACAAUGACACCGGAGCAGAGCUGACGCUGACUGGUUAGUGAUUCUUGCCAAUCUGAAGUUUUAACUCCAAAACAGCCCAACGUUGUAGUUUGAAAAUGUAUGGAAACAGCGGACCUUUCUCUUACUCCCCAAGGGGUUUCUCGAAGGAGGACCUCCCUCAGCCGAGAUGGGCUGUCCAACAAGAUGACCUCAGGGGGUCUCCACUGCAGAGAAACAACAUGUCCAGACCUAGUGGAAAGUCAAUAUACAUGCAGAGAAAGGAGUACUCUGAGACGCUGAACAGACAAUCUGACAACUUUCACGUCAGAGUGGAGCACCUGUUCACCUGUGAGCUGGACGGCCAGGAGCUGAAGACAGUGGACAGCUGCGUGGCUAAACUCAAGAGGCUGGAUGCCAAAGGUCGUCUGUGGUCGCAGGAGAUGAUCAUGGAGGUUCAGGGAGGACAUCUCCUGCUCAGUGACAUUGAGACGAAGGCAGAGCUGGAGUUGCUACCAUUGGCUUGCAUCCUGACAACCAAAGCUGUGCUGGAUAGCUGCGCCUACAACUCUCUUCUGACAGUAACAGUGCAGGAACGCAACAAACACAAUCCCCAAGUCUUCAUGUUCCAGUGUGAGGAGACAGGGGCGGAGCUCAUCAAGAGUGACCUGGAUAAGGCCGUCCAAAAAGGAGGCGCUGUUGUGGAACCACGGAGAGAGCCGACUGACAUCAGGAGUAAUCUUGAAAAUAUCAUCGGGCAACAAGCUCUGGGAAGUUUCCGGCAGCCUGGAUUUCAUCCUGUGCAGCGAGAGAGGACCCCACCGCCACCAGAACAUCCGCUCCAACAGUGGAGAGAACCAGAGAAUUUCGCCCCUACACGCUACACCCCACAAGAACCAGUGAUGCAUCUUCCCGACGUUCGUGAAUUACAGAUCAGCCCAGAGGUCCCUAUGUCACCUGUGCCAGCAGACACAGAGAGGAACACGGACAUUUUUAAUCAUGUUCUAAAUGAUUUGGAGAUCUUUAUGGGCAAAAUGUCAACUGCAAUGAAUGCACCUUCACUGAAAGGAGACCAGAGGAAAAAGAAAAAUGCAUCUAAGAAGAAAAAGUCAAAGGAAAAUGCCCCAGCCAUCAGUCUGCCACCAUGGGAGGAAUAUGUAUCCUGUCUUCAGAAAAUCAAAUAUGGAUUCAAUCUGCUGGGCCAGCUGGACGGGUCACUGAACGGCCCCACUGCUCCUGACUUUGUCCACAUCUUCUUCGGUAAUUUGGCCAUGAUUGUGCCUCAGUAUCCUGCAGACCUCCCUCCCACUGUCAUCUCCCCCCUGCUGACAGUGGCGGCCCUGCGGCUGCUCAGUCAGGUUGUCGACCCGGAGGAGGACAACCUGUGGAGGUCUCUGGGAGACAGCUGGAACCUCCCCAGGUCUAGAUGGCCGGAAGAUGUCCCAUCGUACAUCCCAGAGUUCUACGAUGGCUGGCAGCCGCCUCCACCCUCACACAGGCCUUCCCCGAUCCCUUAUCAGAACGGUCCAAUGAGCAGGAGCAACAGCCAGCGCAUCCCACCUGGCCAACACCAUCCCGAAGAGCCUAUGACCAACGGUCCAUGGAGUUCACCACCACCAAUAUACCCCAGUGAACCUCCCCUGUACAUGAGGGUCAUUUACGAUUUCAUGGCCAGGAACAGCCAGGAGCUGAGCAUUAUGAAGGGUGACGUGGUUCAGGUGGUUCAGAAAUCCAAACAAUGGUGGCUUGUUCGCAACAACCGCAAGGAGGAAGGCAAUGUUCCUCAGAACGUUCUGGAGCAGAUGAACAUGGACGAUCUACCGGACACUCGUGGUCCAGUGACCUUGGACAUGACCUCCACAUCUGCAGAGGUCAAAGCCUGGCUGGAGUACAAAGGUUUCUCCAGAAUCACUGUGAACAGCCUCGGGGUGCUGACUGGUCAGCUGCUUCUGGGGAUGUCCAAGAAUGAGAUAAGGACUGUGUGUCCAGAAGAAGGAGGGAAGGUCUUCUUCCAGCUUCAGGCCAUUAAGUCAGCCAUUGCACUCGCCAGUGAACCAUCAAGCAUGUACAACAGCCGUUACUAACGACCUGCUUCACUGCUCCUUCACUUCCUUUUCUCCUGACUGCAUUCACAGAUCGAAAUCUGGAAUCAUUAGCGUCCAAUUAAAUCUUUAAUCUCAUAAAUUAUCUUAUGUGGGUGGCUGCUUUCAGCAUUUCUAUUAUUUAAGACCAAGAACUUUUAGUGAAUGAAAUGUCUGUUAGAUAAUUUAUCACCAGCAGCAAUAGUUGGAAGUUACUCAACAAAUUUCCCUGAAAGGACAAGAAAGAAUCUAUUUACUCCAUCUAAUCUUUACUAGUUUAUUUCACUUAUAUACUUCUAGUUAUUUUAAGUAAAUUGUGUAUAGUCUUCCCAAAUGUGAUUAAACCAAAAAAUAUGUAACUACACUACAGUUGGAUUGAUUUAAAAACUGCAGUUAACCAUUAUUAGAUGCACUGUAUAAACCUGUUUAUUUUGCUUCAUUAACUUAUACCACGUAUUCCAUUUUCUUUUAAUUGAUUCUUAAAUGUUGUGUAUUGUACAGAAAGUGAUGCUGAAAUUGAGUCAUAAACUGGAAGAAACAAAGUCAGUAAAAGAUUUACUUUAAUCUGUCAAAUCAAAUCUCUUUCAGUUGUAAUAAAGACAUUAAGUGCUUUAAUUCAAAUUAAAGUUUCUACUCAUCUUUAUAAUAUCAGUAGACUUGGAUUUUUCUUUUUGCACAAUUCAACUAAAGUGGUUUUAACCUGACUAAAUGUUGUGAUACAUGUGAUUCAAGGACCUUAAACUAGUUAACAGGAUAUAAAAAGACAAAGUACAGGACAACCUUUCUCUAGUCCUGAAUUUACAUUAUUGAGUUGCACUUGGGAACUUGGUUCUUUCCAUUGUUUCUGUAAGGUGUAAAUGCAUCAUCUUUUACUCUUUCUUGUUUCCCCACUUGGCCAUCUUGUUGUUGACAGGAGUCUUCAUGAAUUU